AUGAAAGUAACUGAUGAAAACAAGACAGCAAGCAUACGCCACAAAAAGAGCAAGAGAAAGGCCUUUGCAGAGUUGAAGAACAGGAAGAGAUCCACGAAUUUGGAAAUACUUGAAAAUGAGCUGUUUUCAGAUAUUCGGUCUGUAUCUGAGUACGCCCAGGAGAUUCUCCAGCACUACAAGAAGGAAGAGAUCAACUACAUGCCGUCGCACAACUACAUGGCAUUCCAGGAGGAGAUAAGAUGGGCCAUGCGCUCUGUUCUGAUCGACUGGAUCAUCGAUGUGCACCACAAGCUCAAUCUCCUCCCGGAAACUCUCUAUCUUUCUGUGAAUCUCAUCGACAGAUUUUUAUCUCUGCGGAUUGUCACCAUAGGAAAGCUGCAGCUCGUUGGAGUGGCUGGGCUUCUGGUUGCCUCCAAGUUCCAGGAGAUAGCGUCUCCUUCUGUGGAGACAUUCGUGGUUCUUACGGACAGAAGCUUCACAGAGAACGAAAUACUGCGAGCGGAGAAAUACAUGCUGCACUGUCUGGAUUACAAGAUAAACUAUCCCUCACCGCUUAACUGGCUGAGACAGUGCUCGCAUAACAAGGAGAUAGACAGACUGGGAUCUAUUAUUCUCGACUCUUUGCUGCCUGAUGAAAAGUUCUUGAAAUACUCUCCGUCAGUGAUGGGAUGCGCAGUGGCGUAUUUGGCCAGGGGGCUGCUGCCUCGGGAGGACAAGGAGUUUGAAGUCUUCCACAAGUUCGCUGCGCACCCUCUCUCUUCUCUCACCAAUUGUAUCGAUGAAAUUAAAACGUAUCUACAGAAACCCAUCCUGCACAGUUCCAUCUUUAAAAAGCAUGGGACCCUAUUCACCAAAUAUUUAGAUAAUCUUAAUAAAGUAUAA